GUUCAUCAAAGUUCAGUUCCAAAGAUGAAAUCCAACGUCAGGUCUAUUGGGGUGAAGGGAAGCUCUGUUUUUAAUCAGAAUUUAAGGAUUACCCAGUUGGGAAAAUUAGGUCGCAUUGAAGAAGCUGUUGCAGUUUUCUCGCGGAUGACUGAGAAGAACACUGUGACGUACAACUCGAUGAUCUCUGUCUAUGCCAAAAAUGGGAGGAUAGCAAAUGCACGUAAGUUGUUUGAUGCAAUGCCUCAAAGGAACUUGGUUUCAUGGAACUCCAUGAUCGCGGGUUACCUGCACAAUGAGUUAGUUGAGGAAGCAGCCAAACUGUUUGAUAAAAUGCUCAAAAGAGACCUCUACUCAUGGACUUUGAUGAUAACUUGUUAUACACGUAUUGGAGAGCUUGAGAAAGCAAGGGAGCUUUUCAAUUUGCUUCCUGAUAAGCAAGACAUAGUUUGUUGUAAUGCACUUAUUGCUGGAUAUGCUAAGAAGAGACGGUUCGACCAGGCGAAAGAGCUAUUUGAUGGAAUGUUGGUUAAGAAUAUAGUUUCUUGGAAUUCUAUGUUAUCAGGCUACACCAAGAAUGGGGAAAUGCAGUCAGGGCUGCAGUUCUUUGAGGCCAUGGGAGAAAGGAAUGUGGUUUCAUGGAAUUUAAUGGUUGAUGGGUAUAUUCGGGUUGGUGAUUUGGAUUCUGCCUGGAUGAUUUUCAGGCAAAUUCCGACCCCAAAUGAGGUAUCCUGGGUGACAAUGUUAUCUGGUUUUGCCCAUUAUGGUAGGAUCACCGAAGCUCGGAAUCUGUUUGACGAGAUGCCGAGUAAGAAUUUGGUUUCUUGGAAUGCUAUGAUCGGAGCUUAUGUACGAAACAACCAAAUCGACGAUGCUUAUAAGCUAUUUAUGGAAAUGCCAGAAAAGGACUCUGUAUCAUGGACUACCAUGAUCGAUGGGUAUGUUCGAGUUGGUAAACUUUCUCAGGCAGGGGAAAUUCUAGGUCUCAUGCCUUAUAAGAACAUAGCAGCUCAAACAGCAAUGAUCAAUGGCUAUGUACAGAGUAGCAGAAUGGAUGAAGCCAAUGAGAUUUUUAGUCAAAUUUCUGUGCGUGAUAGUGUUUGUUGGAAUACCAUGAUCACUGGCUAUACUCAUUGUGGAAGAAUGGAAGAAGCUCUUUGUCUGUUUCGAGAAAUGAUAUGCAAAGACAUGGUUUCAUGGAAUACUAUGAUUUCUGGUUAUGCUCAAGCAGGACAAAUGGAUAAAGCGCUAGGAAUGUUUAAUGAGAUGCAAGAGAGAAAUAUUGUCUCUUGGAACUCUCUGAUAACAGGGUAUGUGCAAAAUGGGUUAUACUUUGAGGCACUGAAUUGUUUCAUAUUGAUGAAACAGCAAGGGGAGAAGCCUGAUCAAUCAACUUUUUUGUGCUGCUUGCGGGCAUCUGCCAAUCUUGCAACUUUGAAAGUUGGAGUUCAACUUCACAAUCUCACUAUCAAGAGUGGUUUUGGCAACAACUUAUUUGUUAAGAACGCAAUAAUAACCAUGUAUGCAAAAAGUGGAAGAGUUCUUCAUGCUGAAAGUAUCUUUUCUGAGAUCAACAACAAAGAUGUGGUCUCAUGGAAUUCUAUGAUAGCUGGAUAUGCACUAAAUGGGUAUGGAAAAGAAGCUGUUGAGCUUUUUGAAGAGAUGUCAAUAAGAGGUGUCAUUCCGGAUGAAGUUACCUUCACUGGCUUGUUAUCUGCAUGCAAUCAUGGUGGUUUUGUGGAUCAGGGUUUGAAUUUGUUUAAGUGCAUGACUGACACAUACUUAAUAAAACCCUCAUCAGAGCAUUAUGCUUGUGUGGUUGACUUGCUUGGUCGUGUGGGUAGGCUAGAAGAAGCCGUGGAAAUGGUGGAGGGGAUGGAAAAUGUGUCAAGUGCAAAAAUAUGGGGUGCAUUGCUAUGGGCUUGCAGGAUGCAUCAUAACUUGGAUCUAGCUAAGUAUUCAGCUGAGAGGCUUUUAGCACUUGAACCACAAAAUGCUUCAAAUUAUGUACUAUUAUCAAACAUGCAUGCUGGGGUAGGGAGAUGGGAUAUGGUUGAGAGCAUCAGGGUCUUAAUGAAACAAAAUAAGGCUGAGAAGCAACCUGGCUGCAGUUGGAUUGAAAUCAACAAUCAAGUGCACUGUUUUUUAUCUGAAGCUCCACCAGACUUGAGGCCAGAAAUUUGCAACAUAUUGAGAACUGUUACUGCACAGAUAAGAAACACAGUGGAUAUAUUAUGAGUGAUUACUGAUAUGUAUCAGUUAAGAGUAAAUAGAUCAGGUAGAGUGGUUUUGGAGAUUUUUCCAUAUUCUCCAUCUUUUGUAGAUGAGCCAAUGUCUGAACGGUCCAUGAAAUGCAGGUUUUGAUAAACAUUUCACUUCAGCUUGUAAUUCCUGAUAUUGUGAGAAUCCCAAUAAGGGUGUGGAAACCUUUCCCUAACAGACGCAUUUUAAAGCCUUGAGGAAA